CUCCAUUGAUUACUCUGUCAACAACAUGAUCUUACACCUCUUCCUCUUUCUGGUUUUCUAUGUACUCUCCAAGCAUUUUGUCAACAAAAUCCAGAAUCUCCCACCAACUCCAUUCCCUGCCCUCCCCAUAGUAGGCCACUUGCACCUCCUCAACAAGCCUCUCCAUCGUUCUCUCUCCACCAUAUCUAAACGUUACGGUCCCAUACUCCUCCUCAAGUUCGGCUUCCGCCGUGUCCUACUUGUCUCCUCCCCAUCUAUUGCAAAAGAAUGUUUUACUAAGAACGAUAUCGUCUUUGCCAACCGCCCACGCCUCCUUGCUGGCAAAUACUUAGGCUACAACUUCACCAGCCUCGUUUGGGCUUCUUAUGGCGAUCUUUGGCGCAAUCUCCGUAAACUAUCGUCCCUCGAAAUCCUAUCUUCUCACCGUCUCCAGUUACUCUCUAGCAUUCGAGGCGAUGAGGUGAAUUUACUGAUCCGUCGUUUGUUUAGGAACAAAGAUGAGAUGGUGGAUUUGAAAUCAGCCUUCUUUGAGCUGAUGCUAAAUGUGAUGACGAGGAUGAUAGCUGGGAAGAGGUAUUACGCUGAAAAUGUGGAAGAAGUGGAGGCUGCAGUAAGAUUUCGGGAGAUUGUGAGGGACACAAUCGAAAUGGUCAAUACAUCAAACAUGGGGGACUUUUUCCCCUUAUUAGCCAAGGUAGGAGGUACCGAGAAGAGACUUCUUGAUUUGCAGACGAGGAGGGAUGAAUUUAUACAAGGUUUGAUCGAAGAACAUAGAAAUAGAAUGACUAUUUCACCCUCUGAGGAGAAAAAUAAGACGUUGAUUGAGGUUUUACUAGCACUGCAACAAUCGAAUCCUGAGUACUACACAGACCAAACUAUCAAAAGCCUUAUGCUGGUUCUGCUGACAGGAGGAACUGAUACUCCAGCUGCAGCCAUGGAAUGGGCAAUGCCACUUUUAGUGAAUAAUCCUGAAAUUUUGAAGAAAGCACAGAAGGAAAUCGAUAAUGUCGCGGAACAUGAUUGCUUACUUACUGAAUCUGAUAUAUUAAACAUUCCCUACCUUCAAUGCAUCAUAAGAGAAGUCUUGCGUAUGUACCCAGUGGGUCCGUUGUUGGUUCUCGAGUCAUCAGAGGAGUGCUCUCUAGGAGGUUACCGUGUACCACUUGGCACCAUGUUGCUAGUGAACGUAUGGAGCAUACACAAUGAUCCUCAAGUUUGGGACGAGCCCCGGAAAUUCAAACCAGAAAGAUUUGAAGGGUGUGAGGCAGGGGUGAGAGAUGGUUUCCAAUUGAUGCCUUUUGGGUUGGGAAGAAGGAGCUGUCCUGGAGAGGGUUUGGCCUUGCGCAUGAUUGGUUUGACCUUGGGUUUAGUCCUUCGGUGCUUUGAGUGGGAAAGAGUUGGCAAGGAAAUGGUUGACAUGACUGAGGGAGUUGGACUCACAAUGCCAAAGGCUCAGCCCUUACUAAUUAAAUGUAGACCACGUCCAUCCAUGGUGAACCUUCUUUCUCAAGUUUGA